CGCUCGCUCACUGGUUGGUUGGUUGUCUGGUUGGCUGGUUAGUUGGUUGGUCGGGCUGUUUUCACGAACAGGCAAACAUUGACAAGCGGGGCUGGCUGGCUGGCAUGUUUGCGAGAGACAAAACACACACACACACACACACACGUACACACACACUUUCUCCUUUUAAUUACUUAACUUUAUAGUCAACAACAACCAACAACAACAACGACAUCUAACGACAGGCACAGCCACACUCAAACAAUAAGCAACAGACUCGUGAGUGCUGUCGGUAACCUAACUCGAAUCAUUUUUGCCUUCACUCACACACGCAGACAUUUCAAGUUUACGUCGCGGAUAGCAAAGUGGUUUUUAAACAACCUGCUUCGGUAACGACAAACAAGCCGCAACAAGACGAAGAACAACAAACAAACAAACAGCAAACACAGGAAUAUAACCAAUUAUUACUACCACCACUACUACUAUUACAACGACUACGACUGCUAUUAUUAUUAUUACAAAUUACUACUACCAUUUAAAGCUUCGUCAUUGAGUUUUGUAGUGUUGUUACAUACGGAUAAAUUAUAUAGGAAUUAAUGAGAAGAUAUUUUAACGGCCUACCCCUUGGAACAAUCGAAUUUGCUUUCAACUACCACGACUGCGAAACACUUCUACGACAAGAUUAAGAACUACAACUAUUUCUACUACAACAACAACAGCAACUACUACUACUACUACUACUACUUCAUAUACUGUCCGGUAAGUUAGUAGUAUUACUGCGAAUUGGAUAAUUAAAAAAAAAUAUAUAUAUAUAUAUCUGUAUAUAUAAAAGAAAAAUUGAAGAAAAGAAAACCAACGCCGCAACAGUUCACUAAUUGUUACGGUAACUACAAAAUAAGUACAAUAAUUAUUUACUACAACUGGUACUACUCCCUAUACUGUUUUUUUUUGGCUUUUUUUUUCCUCUGUAUUAUUAAGCCUGCUGUCUGUCUGUCAUACAUAUAAUAACAGUAAUACCACAUACGCAUAUACACAUAUACAUAUACAUUCUCAUGCACACGUACGCAAACUAUUUUUAUUAUUCGAAUUGUUAAGGUUAUUGUUGUAAUUGCUGUUGUCGUUUUUACUACAACGUUAACGGCAACUUCUACCACCACUGAAACUACUACUCCUCCUCCUCCUACUACUACUUUACUAUUACCGCUACUAUUGUUACUAUACUACUACUACUACUACUACUACUACUACUACUACUACUACUACUACUACUACUACUACCAAUAUCCACUGAUGUUCUAGGCACAUUCAUCCCACAACAGUUCAUGUUAGCUACCACAAGCAAUAAACACUACAACCCCGACACAUUUACAUUACAAACGAAUAACAAAAACAGCAACUACUACUGCUACUAGUACUACUACGACUACUACUGCUGCUACAACAACUUCUACUACUAUUGAUUCUGUAUUUUUGUGUGUGUUUUUUUUUUGUUUAUUUGUUUUAAAUCUCGUUGACUAGACUCUACAUGUUGGACAUGGUAAAAAUGGCGGCAGCCGCAACUUCCGUAUCAACAGCCGCCAUUCCGUUAUCGUUAGUCGGGCCGCUGCGGCCCGAGAGUAAACACCACAACCAUAGCCACAUCCACAAUCACAUACACAGUCAUAGUCACAACAACAACAACAGCAACAGCAGUAGUACCAACAACAGCAACAGUCACGCUCACAACCACAGUCAUAAUCAUAACCACAGCGCAGCUCCCUCGAUGGGACGGCCACUUCGUCACAGCACCAACAACAUUAAAAGCAACAACAAAAAUAGUAACUCCAACAAUACUAACAACAAUAACAUUAGAUCGUUUAGCAUCAGUAGUAUGCUGGGUGAAAGUCUUGCUGAAGGAAAUUCACUAACGUCUUCACAGCCGAUAAUAGUGGCUGCCGCCGCUGCGGCCACCGCCUCGGGAGUCUCCAACAGGACCACCACUUCUACGCCUCCGCCACUCUUGUUACCUUCUGCAAAUGGGAAUGCGUUAAUUACAGCAACUGCAACUGGCAUGCCGCCUUUAUUGCAUCUACCUUCGCAACAACAACAACAACAACAACAACAACAACAGCAUCAUCACCAUCAACACCACCAACAUCAACUUCACCAGCAGCAGCAUCACGUGCUUCGCCAACCGCCGAACCAUCAUCAUUCACUGCUCCAUCACAUACAACAGCAACAACAACAACAACAACAACAACAGCAACAACAACAACAGCAACACCAUCGGCGUCGUCACCAUCAUACAACGACAGCGCCGAGGCCCAACACUAACAACAACAACAACAAUACUAACACCAACGGCAACGGCGCAACUGCAUCGCCGCCGCCACCCCCUCUCCUGCCUCUCCCUUCUCCGCCUCAUCCUCUCACCGCACCUCGUUACACGCCUUCCUCUUCUCCUUCUUCCUCGCCUGCUUCUUCUCCUUCUCCUCCUUCGUCGGUGCGUCUUUUAGCAUCGCAACAACAACAACAACAACAACAUAUUCAGGGCCUUCCGCAUCAUCACCAUCACCUUAACCACAGCAACAAAAUCAGCCCCCACGUCCACCCCCAAACACAACAGCACCAGCAACGUCAACUGCAUCACCGUCAACAGCAAAUGUCUGUAGGCCUCAACAACAACAAACAUAACACAAAGCAUCAUCAUCGGCAUCAGCAACACGAUCAACAACAGGGUAUUGCGACGAGCGUGGAGCCGGGUACGCCGACCGACAGCUUACCGACGCUGGACGGAGAUGACGACAGAAUGAUGACAGAGUUUGAUGACGACGAUGACAAUGGCAGCAAUGACGAUGGCGUCGAUGACGACGAUGACAACGAUGGUGAUGAUGAUGAUGAUGGCGGUGGUGGUGGUAUUAGUGGUGGUGGUGGUGGUGGUGGCGGUGAUGAUAUCAGCGACGGCGUUGCUCAUCGUCAGCAGCCUCUCCAUCAUCCUCCUCAUCAUCAUCAUCAUCAACAACAACAACAUCAGCACCAUCAUCUUCAGCAUCGUCACCAUCGCCGCCGUCAUCGUCGCUAUCGUGACGACGAUGACGACGAGGAAGACAGAGACGAUCGAGGUGAACGUGACGACGGUGGUGGAGGCGGCGGCGGAGGCGGCGGCGGCGGUGGUGGCGUCGGUGAUGGCACUGACCGUCAGCGGCGUCGCCGUCACCACCACAACCAUCACCAUCCUCAUCGUAGUGAUGGCGUUCAUCCUGAUUCUGUAGCUAACAUAAACGAUGACGGCGCACGCGUUGAUGCUGAUAAUAAUGAUGAUGAUGCUGAUGUUGAUAAUGUUGGUGGUGUUAGCGAUAGUAAUAUUGAUAAUGAUGAUAUUGGUGGCGUUGCUGAUGUUGAUAAUGUUGUUGAUGAUGAUGAUGAUAAUGGUGGUGUUAACGACCUCAAUAUUGAUGUUGAUGGUGAUGGUAAAGGUGAUAAUGUUGAUGAUGGCGAUCGUGAUGAUAAUGGCUGUUCUUCAGGUGCUGGCGGCGAUGUUGUUGACCGUGGUAGUCGUGUUGUUGCUAAUGGUCGUGUUGACGAUGAUAAUGAUGAUGAUGAUGAUGAUGAUGAUGUUGAUGUCGAGGUUGAUAUUAAUGUUGACGAUGAUGAUGAUGAUGAUAAUAAUAAUAAUAAUAAUAAUAAUAAUAAUAAUAAUAAUAAUAAUAUCGGUGUUGGCAACAACGGUGGUGGUCGUGGUGGUGGUGGUCGUUAUAUGGACGUGUACAAAAACGCUAACUGUAUAGAUAAUGACGAUUGUGAUGAUGACGAUGAUAAUGUUGAUGAUGAUGAUGAUGAUGUUGGUGAUGAUGAUGAUGAUGUCGGCAGUAACGUUGGCGUUCGUGGUAUCUGUGAUAAUGGCGGUGUUGUUGUUGAUGAUGAUGACGACGACGACGAUGAUAAUAUGGAUGCUGUAACUAAUGAAGAUGAUGAUAAUGAUGAUGUUGAUGAUGAUGAUGAUGAUGAUGACAUGCAUGUUGAUGUGGAGAGUCUGGAGUUUGAAACAGACAUCUCUUGCUUCGAUAGGCAUCGGCGUAUCGGUCGUUCUAUCGAUAGUGAAACUAGCAACAACAACAACAACAAUAACAACAGCACAAGCUGUAAUGACAGUAACAUAUCAUUUAGCAACAACAAAAACAAAAACAACACUAAAAACCUUUUGACCAGUAAAAACAACAAUAGCAACGACAACAAUAUGACCAUCACUCCUGACUGUCUACCGUUAAGUACCCACAUGUCACCCGUCUCUUACGAUAUCCAGAAACGGACGGCUACGGGCGACGACCAUCACGCGAGCAACGGGAAAGCUAGCGCUGCUGGUGGUGGUAGUGGUGGUGGUGGUGGUGGUGGCGGUAACGGUGGUGGCGGUGGUGGUGGCGGUGGUGGUGGUGAGCAGGACGAGAAAAACAAGGAAAACAACAAAAACAACACCAACAACAACGGUAACGGUCCGAGUGAUACAAAGUCACAAGGUACCAACAGCAACAACAACAACACAAGCAACAACAGCACUGGCAACAACAACACCAACAGCAACAACAACAACAACAACGGUAGCGGCAAUAGUAGUAGUACCAAUAACAGCAACAACAACAGUAGCAGCAGCAGCAGCAACAGCAACAACAACAAUAAUAAUAACAACAACAACAACAGUAGCAGCACCAGCAACAACAGCAGCAACAGCCGGGCGGAGAAACCCCCGUUCAGUUACAAUGCCCUCAUUAUGAUGGCUAUACGCAGCAGCCCCGAAAAAAGACUGACCCUUAACGGGAUUUACGAAUUUAUAAUGAAAAACUUCCCUUACUAUCGCGAAAACAAACAAGGGUGGCAGAAUUCAAUCCGGCACAAUCUCAGCUUGAACAAGUGUUUUGUGAAGGUACCCCGGCAUUAUGACGACCCUGGCAAAGGUAACUACUGGAUGUUGGACCCGUCUAGUGAUGACGUAUUCAUUGGGGGCACAACAGGCAAACUCAGGCGCCGAUCCACAGCGGCAUCGCGGAGUCGCUUGGCGGCGUUCAAACGCGCUGGUUUCCCACGAUUAACGCCACCCGGAUAUUCACUGCACGCUGACAAAACGAACCCUUUUCUAUGGUCGAUAUCCUCAAUGUACCCGCUUGCAGCGGCAGCCAGCACGGCCGGUUCAGCGUUUCGAUACAACGGCAUAGCACCUUAUCCUUACCCGACGUUUUUGACCCCGGCAACGAGUGGUCGAACGUCGGCUUUGGCGGCCGCAGCAGCCGCGGCAGCGGCUGCGGCAUCGGCGGCGACGCCAACGACAGUCAGUGGAGGCGGCAGCGGUGGUGGCGGUGGCAGUGGUGGCGUGGGUAGUGGCGGCAGUGGCAGCGGUGGCACAUCGAACUUUUCCGUCGAACGGUUACUGGGUAACGAAUCGACGGCACCAUCAGCAUCAUCACUGAUCAGUCACCCCGGAUUAACAUCGCCCAUCCGACCCGAAGUAACGCUCACAAGUCCGUCACCUUACGCCAGCUUAGCCGUGUCACCAACCGCGCUCCUUUUUCCACACCUUACGCAGGCCCAUCCUUGCGCCAAUGGACUUGAACUUUAUGCGGGUCUCCGCAGUCUACCUGUAUCACACGCGUCGGCAUUCACCUCAGCAGUGGGGCUUCAUCCAGCGAUAUCUUCAGGUAUUGCAUCUUCAGACUCUUCAUUCACAGCUGUGCCACCAGUCGGUGCGGCAAGACCCACAUGAGAUUUCCCAUCUCUUGAUGUCUGACAGUCAUACAAUGUAUAAUGUAUGUAUAUGUAUGUGUAUAUAUGUAUAGACAUAUAUGCACAUUUGUAUGUGGUUGUAUAUAUAUAUAUGUAUAUUUGAUGAUAUAGAUAUGUGCGUGCAUGAAUAUAAGGGGCGUGAUUUGUCUCAAGCAUAGAAUAUGCAUAAGAUACGUACACAUCAUAAAUGCAUAGAACCCACAUUUGUACGCAACACAUAUAUACAUAGAAUUACUUGCAUACAUACAUAUAUAUAUAUAUGUAUAUGUAUAUAUAUCCAUACGUAAAUACAUACAUAUAUGUAAAUGUAAAUAUAUACGCAUAUAUACAUAGCCACGUAUAUGCAUUCAUGUACACAAAUACGUAUGUACAUAUAUAUAAUUGAUGUUUAAAUGCUGUGUUAAAAAAAGCUAUCUAUGAAAAUAUGAAUACAAUGUGAAUAGGAAUGUAUAUUUUGGAAGUAUGAUUAAUUUACUUGUGUACGUAUGCGUGCAUGUAGGGAGUAUCUACACACACGCACAGUAAUCCCUAUAAGUAUAUAUAUAUAUA